CUUAAGGAGCAUGUCCACUGUGCAAAUAGUGCAAGUGGUGUUUUUCUGUUGACAAAAGUGAUUCUUCAAUCUUUAUGAUAAUAUGGUACAUAAAUAAUCAAUUGUCACUGUCAGUUUUUAUUUAUUUUUGUUGUCAUUCAGUGAACAUUUUCUAGUUAAUCUAGUUAAACUACUCUUAUGUGAAUUUUAUGUAGCAGAAUUUAUUAAGACAAAUCAAAUAACAAUGGCAUUUCUCGAGUGGCGGCGAUUUAAUUUUUUUGACCUCAAAAAAGAGGUUGAUGGAGGAUCCAUUGCAGAAGCUCUUGCGGGAGCACAAGUGACAGCAUCAACAAGUGGUAAUGGAAAUUUAAUUUUGGGCGACAAUACAGGAAACAUUCACGUGAUAAAAAGAAUAAGCAAUGUAUAUCAAGUAUCAACAUUUAAAGGAUAUGAAAUGUCAUUAACAUUAGCACAGCAAAUACCACAUUCUCCUUAUUUAUUUACAAUUGGUGAUGAUGAUCCAGGCUGUAAUCCAACAAUUAAAGUUUGGAAUUUUGGUAAAUUAGAUAAACAAAAUACUCCAAUAUGCGUUAGAACAAGUAGAGCUGUACCAAGUUUUAGAGCAGUUAUGGCAACAACAUUAUGUGUACAUCAAAGUUUAACACUUAUGGCUAUUGGAUUUGCUGAUGGAUCAAUAAUGCUUUAUCGUGGUGAUUUAACAAGAGAACGUAAAAAUAAAAUAAAAAUAUUAAAAGAUAGUAAUACACCAAUAACUGGUCUUGCAAUAAAAACAAGUGGAAAGCAAAAUUAUUUAUUUGUAGCAACAACACUUAAUGCUUAUCUUUACAAUAUAACUGUUAAAGAUAAAGAAACUAAAACAGUAUUAGAUAAUAUGGGAUGUGCUGAUAAAUGUAGUAUUUUAGCUGAAACAAGUCAAGACAGUCAUUUUAUGAUUGGUCGUAAUGAUGCAGUUUAUUGUUAUACUCUAGAUGGUCGAGGUCCAUGCUAUGCUGUUGAAGGACAAAAAAUAAUGCUUGAUUGGUUUCGUGGUUAUCUUGUUAUUAUUGCUAAAGAAUCUGGUAAUUUACCAAGAACAAGUACAACAGUAUCAGCAAAUCCAUCAACAAUUGAGCCAAUUCCUCAAGGUGCUGAUAAACAUAUGAUUACUGUACUUGAUAUACAAAAUAAAUUUAUUGUAUUUUCUUCUUCAUUAUUAUCAAUUCAAGCAAUAUUAGCUGAAUGGGGUGGAUAUUUUAUUCUUAGUGGUGAUUCAAAACUUUAUCAUCUUGAUGAAAAAGAUUUACAAUCAAAAUUGGCUUUAUUAUUUAAAAAAAAUUUAUAUGAUGUUUCAAUAAGAAUUGCUAAAAGUCAACAUUAUGAUGCUGAAGGUCUUGUUGAUAUAUUUAGACAAUAUGGUGAUCAUUUGUAUUCAAAAGGUGAUCAUAAUGGUGCUAUUGAACAGUAUAUAAGAACAAUUGGUAAAUUAGAACCAUCAUAUAUUAUUAGAAAAUUUUUAGAUUCUCAACAUAUUGAUAAUUUAACGACUUAUCUUCAAGCAUUACAUAAACAAGGUGAAGCUACUGAAGAUCAUACGACAUUAUUAUUAAAUUGUUAUACAAAACUUAAUCAUACAGAAAAACUUAAAAGUUUUAUUAUGUCUAAAGAUAGAAAAAUUGAUUUUGAUGUAGAAAUUGCAAUUAAAGUAUGUCGACAAGCAUCACCAGAAGAUGCAUUAUUACUUGCUAAAAAUCAUAAAAAACAUGAAUGGUAUUUAAGAAUACAAAUUGAAGAUAAAAUGGAAUAUAAAAGUGCAAUUGAAUAUAUGGAAAGUUUAAAUUUUGAAGAGGCAGAAUCAAAUAUGAAAAAAUAUGGUAAUAUAUUAAUUGAAAAUGUACCAAAUGAAGCAACUAAUUUUUUAAAAAAAUUAUGUACAAAUUAUCGAGAAUCUGAUCGUCCAUUAAUUGAUCAACAUGUUAUUGAUGGAAGUCAAGAAGAACAAGUUGAACGAGCAAAUCCAGAAGAUUUUAUUCAUUUAUUUUUAAAUAAUUCAGAAAGACUUGUUGAAUUUUUAGAACAUUUAGUUAAAUCUGAUACUAAAUGGAGUACUUUGGUAUACAAUACAUUGGUAGAACAUUAUCUUCAUGUUUGGGCAGUUCAAGAUAGUGAUGUGGGACGUGUACAGUAUGAACAAAAAGUCAUUAGAUUAUUACAAAGUUCUGAUACAUGUUGUGACAAAGAUCAAAUUCUUAUAUUGUGCCAUCAACAUAAUUUUCGACGUGGUAUAUUAUUUUUAUACGAAGAACGUAAAUUAUAUCAAGAAAUUUUACAGUAUCAUUUACGUGAAGGUGAUAAUGAACAGGUACUUUUAACAUGCAAAAGAUUUGGUCAUCAAGAUCCAAAUCUUUGGGUACAAGCACUUUGGAGUGUUGCAAGAAAUAAAACAGCAUCACCAAAAUUAUUAGCUGAUAUAUUAGAAUUUAUUGCUGCAGAAAAAUUAUUAUCACCAUUAAUGGUUAUUGAUGCACUUUCUACAUCAUUAACAUGUACACUUGGUGAUGUUAGAAAUUAUUUAAAUAGUGUUUUACAAUCUGAAUUUGAACAAAUUAAACAAGAUGCUGAAUUAGUUACAAAAUAUCGUACAGAUACUAAAAAAUUACGUAAACAAAUUGAUGUUAUUAAAAAUAGUACAAUUAUAUUUCAAGGUUCAAGAUGUAGUGCAUGUCAUCAUCAACUUGAAUUGCCAUCAGUACAUUUUAUGUGUCAACAUUCAUAUCAUCAGCAUUGUUUUCAAAGUUUUUCAGAAAAUGAAAAUGAAUGCCCUGUUUGUUUACCAAAUAAUAAAAAAAUUUUAGAUAUUAUUAAAGCUCAAGAACAAUCAAGAGAUCUUCAUGAAACUUUUCAUAGUUUAUUAGAUAGAGCUGAAGAUCCAUUUUCAUUGGUUGCUGAUUAUUUUGGUCGUGGAGUAUUUAAAAAAUUAAUGGUUAUAACUGAUCAUGAUAAGCCAAUUGUUGAAUCAACAACAAGUACCAAUAAAAAUUUACAAAAAAAUCAAGAUACUAAAAGUGGUAAUUAUGCUCCAUAUGGACCUGGUGCUGAAGCAAAAUUACGUCUUGGUGAGGGAAAAAAUUCAACAUUAGUUAAAAAUGAAACACGUAGAGCUGAUCCAUUUGCAAUUGAAGAAAGACGAAAACCUGUAGAAAUAUAUUCAUCAUCACUUGAGGCAAAUAUAAGUAAAAGUGGUCAUUCUACACCAAAAUCUGUGUCAAGUAAAUCAUCACCAGUUGCAAUAAGAGAAGCUAGAAUAAUUAAUAGUCAAAGUCCAAAAGCUUCACCAGCUAGUAAAUCAUUUGUUGCUCCAAAAACUCCAAUUGUCACGAGUAAUCCAUUAGAAACAAGUGACAAUUAUGAUGAAAAAAAAAAUCCAUUUGCUGAAGAUAAUAAUCCUUUUAGUGAAGAUGACAAUGAUGAUGAUGAUAAUGACGCUGAUGAAAGUAUAGCCAGCUCAAAGGCUGACAAUUAUAACCAAGAUCUCAAUCCAUUUGCAACUUGAUCUAAUUUUAAUAACCCUUUUUUAUGUAAAUAGUUUGCUUACCAAAAAAAGAAAAUUAUAACAAAAAUUCCAUUUUAAUAUAAACUAUAAUUGUGUAAAAAAAAAAAAAAAGUUAUUUAUCAACAUAUACAUGUAUCUUAAAAUUCUUAAACUCUAUGUUAAAUUAGUUUUAAUUUUAAAAAAUAUUAGAUGUACAUUUACAAAAAUAUUAAUUAAAUAUAUUAAUUAUAAGUAAAAUUAUUUUGGCAGU